UAUAUUUUAAGAUACUGCUUCACACCGUUAUUUUUAGAACUGUAUAUACGAUCACAAUCAUCUGCAACAACAUCAAUCACUCUGUCUUUGAAAGGAUGCUGCUUCUCCUUUAGGUCGGUCCCGCGUCCGCGCGGGCGCGCGCUAGAGCUCGGCUCUUGUAAUUGGCUCAGCGCUGUGCUGUUGUCCAUGCGCCACUGGGCGAGUCUCGGCUGUCUCAGUAACCCUCUUUUAUCCUGAAAAAAGGAGAGCGAAAGAGGGCAGACUCAGAGUUGGGCUCUGGCGUAGGGACCGCCAUUAUUGGGAGGCUUGGACAACCACUUUCACUCUCACGCACAAUAUAUAUAUCUCGUAACAUUUAAAGACAUGCGUGGCCCAGAGUGCUCGUGAUUUGGCUACGAAAAACUGGAUGUUGUGUCUCAGUGUAAAGGCAUCGCUGCAUGCCGUCUGCACACGGUGAAAUCAGCAUUUUAUGGCCACAACAAAGGGCAUUAUAACAGAUCAAAACCAACGUGCUUAGGCCGGAGGAAGAAAUUAAAACGAGCCUUUUUUCUGCACGGAAACGACUGGCCUCCAAGAAAGGACAUUUCUUUGUUUGGAUAUGUUUAGCCGUCGGUGGAUUUUCACAGCCGUUUCUAUGCGAACGCGAGAUCAGUAAGUUGCGCCUGACAAAAAUAUCCCUUGGAAACUGCAAGUCUGUCAAGCCACAAUCAAACAGCCCCCACGGAAUUUAAUGUCCUCGGCUUUUUACGUAGUCUUUUGUUUUCCUUUCUUUCUGGUUUCCAACAACACUGACCGAGCCGGUUGUAAGCCCUCUUGGGCUGGCCUGGACGAGGGAAGAGGGAUUGAGAAGGGAAAGGGAGGACGGAGAAAGGCACUGGCUAGCUCCAAUUCCUGCUUCUGUCGUCUUCACUUCUUCAUGUCUCAUCUCUGAUUAGUACCCUCUAAUAUGGGCAGAACAUACAAGCAGUUUUCUUGACCUGAAAGGAUGAUUGAAACAUCAGAACUAAAUCCUAAAUUGUAAAUCAAAUACAGGGCCUUACUUCAACAUUUUAUGGACACGUUUUAAAGAGUCUGCCUCUGUCAUCCUUUGGGGCAUGGCAAGAUGAAUGCCUGUGUACGAUGAUGAUGGCUAAAAAGCAAGAAUCCCGAAUGCCUAUCUACAACCUCGUUGUUGUUGGCCUGUCGGGAACUGAGAAGGAGAAGGGGCAAUGUGGAGUUGGCAAAUCAUGCCUUUGUAACCGCUUUGUCCGUCCUAGUGCGGAUGACUUCCAUCUUGAUCACACUUCUGUGCUAAGUACAAGUGACUUCGGUGGCCGGGUUGUCAACAAUGACCACUUCCUGUUCUGGGGAGAGGUGGGGAGAGUUUUGGAAGAUGGCGCAGACUGCAGAAUGCAUGUGGUUGAGCAGACCGAAUUCAUUGAUGACCAGACGUUCCAGCCCCAUCGCAGCACAGCCUUACAGCCCUACAUCAAAAGAGCUGCCUCCACCAAACUGGCUUCUGCUGAAAAACUCAUGUACUUCUGCACUGAUCAGCUGGGACUGGAGCAAGACUUCGAACAGAAGCAAAUGCCCGAAGGCAAGUUGCAGGUGGAUGGAUUUCUGCUUUGUGUUGAUGUAAGUCGUGGUAUGAACCGCAACUUUGAUGAUCAAAUGAAAUUUGUCACCAACUUGUACAAUCACUUAAGCAAGACAAAAAAGCCUAUUGUGCUGGUUCUAACUAAGUGUGAUGAGGGUGUGGAGCGAUACAUCAAGGACUCCCAUACCUUUGCCAUUACAAAAAAGAACUUGCAGGUUGUUGAAACAUCGGCACGAUCCAACGUCAAUGUUGAUUUGGCUUUCCUUACCUUGAUACAGCUCAUUGAUAAGGGAAGAGGUAAGCCCAAGAUCAUACCUUACUUUGAGGCACUGAAACACCAGAGUCAACUAAUUGCUUCUGCAAAGGACCGCUAUGAGUGGUUAGUGAACCACAUUGUGAAGAAUCACAAUGAAACGUGGCCCAAUGUUAGCCGACGAAUGCAGACUUCACCUGAAUACAAGGAAUAUGUAUUUUUAGAAGGUACUGGUAAGGCUAAGAAGCUAUUUCAACAACACAUUCACAGGCUAAAACAGGAACACAUUGAAAGGCGUCGCAAAGCAUACUUGAGCGCUCUUCCACUCGCCUUGAGUAGCUUAGUGUCUGAGUUGGAUGAAAUUGAGCAUUUGAGCUGGUCUGGGGUCCAGAAGGUCCUUGAGUCUAAAAAAGACUUUGAUCACUGGUUUGUGGUACUGGACGAUGCACCAUGGGAGGACACGCCACAUCUUGACAACAUGGAGGAUGAGCGCAUCCCCUUUGAUGUGCUAGACACCACGGCUGCUGAAAUAAUCUUUGAUGCACACCUUGAACACUUGCGCAACGAAUGCAAGCGUGCCCAGAUGCGUCAUGAGUUCAAAGCAAAAUUAGCAUCAUCACCUUUCGUUACCCCUGGCAAACCCUGGGAGGAGGCCCGAAGCUUCAUCAUGAACGAAGACUUCUACCAGUGGCUUGAGGAGCCAGAAUAUUUGGACAUUUAUAACCGGCACCAGAAAGCAAUCAUAGACAGGGCAAAAGAGGAUUUUCAGGAGCUUUUGCUGGAGUACUCUGAGCUCUUCUAUGAACUUGAGGUAGAUGCCAAACCUAGUAAAGAGAAGAUGGGAGCAAUUCAAGAAGUGUUAGGUGAAGAACAACGCUUCAAGGCCCUUCAGAAAUUGCAAGCUGAAAGGGAUGCUUUAGUGCUGAAACACAUCCAUUUUGUGUAUCACCCUACGAAGGAAACAUGUCCGAACUGCCCACACUGUGUUGACAACAAAAUUGAGCAAAUACUAGCUUCAUGCUUCCCUGCACAAUACCCUUCCUUUGGAAAGUCCCAUAUGUUUGAUGGAAAGGUAGAUAGGAUCAAUCUUGUUAUACUGGGCAAAGAUGGUCUUGCCAGAGAAUUAGCCAAUGAGAUUCGGGCAUUGUCUACAAAUGACGAUCAUUAUAUGCUUGAAGGUAGAAUGUAUGAGCUUGUCCUUCGGCCCAUUGAGGGUAAUGUUAGACUUCCUGUCAAUUCAUUUCAUACAUCCACAUUUACUCCCCAUGGAUGCCUGUGUUUGUACAAUUCAAAAGAGUCCUUGUCAUACAUUGUCGAAAGUAUUGAGAAGUUGCGAGAUUCCACACUUGGCAGAAGGGACAACCAUAUGGCUCAGCUUCCCCUGUCACUCUUACUAGUAACCAAAAGAGGUGUUGGGGGACUGGGUGACAUUGGUGGUGAGACUGCUCAAGCAUUAAUCUCACAGGGUCAGCAGGUAGCCAUAAAACUGCAGUGCAACUACCUGGAACCUGCCUCCCCAGGCACUGGCUAUGGGCGAAAUGUAAAUGAAAAGCAGAUCAAUCAGGUCUUGAAGGUUCUACUUGAAACAAGGAGGACUUCUACAUUCCGUAGCUGUUCUCCACCUGCACCUCCGUUGCCUCCAUGUAUUCGAGAAUUACAGCAGGAUCAGAGUCCAGAGGCUGAAUUGCGUAUUGUCAUGUGCCUAAUGUGUGGAGACUCCUAUGACAUUGAUCAACUCCUUGCACCAUUCCUGCUUCCUCAGCAUUGCAAGCCAACCUCUCCUCAGACAAGUGGCACUUCAGUGCUGCUAGAACAAACAAUCGGUGGUCACAAGCAUACAAUUGAACUGACUCUAAUGUCCUACCACGCUUCUUUUGCCACUCGUAAGAGUCGGUUGGUGCAUGGCUACAUUGCUGUAUACUCUGCUAGCCGCAAGGCUUCUUUUGAAACCCUGUGUGCCUUUUUGUGUGAGGUUCAGGACAUUGUCCCAGUUCAGCUGCUUGCAGUGGGGGAAACCCGGACUGAGCUUCUGGACUCUGAGUCUGCUCACGAGUUGCUAGUCCAAGGUGAAGAACUAGCGCGUGAACUUGAGGGACGGUUUUGCAGUAUUGUCUGUGGCGCUGGAGGAGUUGUUGGAGGACUACACAAACUAGACCUUUUGGAACAAUUUUUCACAGAGGUGUUAGAAAAGAGAACCAUUGUUGAGGCCAGUCAUAUGUAUGAAAACGUUGCAGAAGCCAGUAGCACAAAUGAGAAUGUGUAUUCGCCACACUGUGGCUCCCCAAGUCCUGUAACAAUGCUGUUAGAUUCUGAGGAAGACAUGGAAGCUUCCCCGCCUUACCAUGAUGGUACACUCACCUCUCACGGUGGAUUCAAAUUGCCUGACCUGGACUCCGGUGACACAUUCUCUGUGAUCUCUGACCUUAGCACCUUUGAGAACAAGCUAAAUAAUAAAGUUCCUCCACAAGUAAGACCCAAACCUAGUGUCACAUUUGACCUUAGAAAACCAAAUUUUAAUCCGUAUGUGGAUGCAGUCAGCCAUCGCCGUUCCCUUACAUCCAAUGUGACGUGGCCUCUAGGAGGAGAUUAUGAUCCUUCGGACUACGCUGAGCCAAUGGAUGCUGUCUCUAAACCCCGCCCCAGCUAUGAGGACAGCAUAUAUUCUGUGCCACAUGACAGCACACAGGGCAAAAUUAUUACCAUCCGCAAUUCCAAUCGAAUCCACUCCAAUGGAGGAGGCAAUGGUUCAGACAGUGAAGGGGAUGGCAGUUCAUUGGAGAGACGUCGCAAGUUCUCAGCUGCACGGGUGAAGCCGCGUCUCUACCGUGAUCGUUCCAAACGUCUGGGGAAGUUCAGCAGUUUCCGCACUAGUUUUUCCAUUGGUAGCGAUGAUGAGAUUGGCACUCUCUCAAGGUCAAAAGAUGAUGAUGUUUCAGGACUAAAGGCAGACAUACUCAAUGAAGAAGGAGAAGAUCCCAAAAAGAGGAACAUACUGAAAAGUCUUCGCCGACCAGGCAAAAAAACAAGACCAAAGCCUCGUCAUUCUAUCUCUAAACCUUUGGAGAGUAACUACUUUGGGGUGCCCUUGGUCAAUGUGGUUUCCCUUGAACGACCUAUUCCAGUUUUCAUUGACAAGUGUAUUCGUUAUAUUGAGGCCACAGGUCUGACAACAGAGGGUAUCUACAGAGUAAGUGGGAAUAAGGCAGAGAUAGAGAGCAUGCAGAGGCAGUUCGAACAGGACCACAAUCUGGACCUUGUGGAGAAGGACUUUACUGUGAAUACAGUUGCCGGAGCAAUGAAAAGUUUAUUCUCUGAGCUGCCUGAGCCUCUGGUUCCUUAUAGUUCACAGGAGGAGCUAGUGGAAGCUUUCAAAAUUAAUGAUCGAGAACAGAGGCUUCACACAAUGAAGGAUGUGUUAAGACGAUUUCCCAGGGAGAAUUUUGAUGUCUUCAAAUAUGUAAUAAGCCAUCUAAACAAGGUUAGUCAGUGGAACAGAGUCAACUUAAUGACCAGCGAGAAUCUCUCCAUCUGUUUCUGGCCAACACUGAUGCGGCCAGAUUUCACCUCUAUGGAUGCCCUGACAGCCACACGCACCUACCAGACAAUCAUCGAGACAUUCAUCCAUCAAUGUGCUUUCUUCUUUUACAACCAGCCUCCUGCUGAGUCACCCACUGGCCCCUUCGGGCUCCCUGGACCACUGGUGCCCUCCGGAUUGCCCCCAUCCCCCACGGCCGCCCCCUCUUUUUGCCCUCCAACCCCACAUUUUACCCCCCUUCUGCAAUCCCCACCACAUUCUCCCCCCCAGAGCCCACACACGGCCCCUGGAGAACCACAAACACUGUGAGAUGGGGAAAAUCACGUGGCCCGUUAUUUAGUGAACUACACGCACACAAACACUUGCUUGCACACACACACACUUGCAGUGCAUGCAUACACAUCUACAUACAUGCUCUGCACACACAUCUAAAAGCCUCUAAAACAUGUAGCUUGUUUAGGUCAGUGUUGUAUGUAAAAAAAAAUUGUUCUGAGCUCUUGGUCCUGCUUCUGGAAAUCCACCUUUCUGCAGAAUUUAGUUCCAACCUGUUCUAACAAACGUCUGUGAUUUUUAAUAUACCACAAACCUUGAAUAUCUGGUUCAAGUGUGUUUGAUUAGGUUUAUAUCUAAACUCUUUGUCGUACAGAGCACCCUUAUCUACAGUUAUUAACACAUCACACACAAAAUGAAGGUCUGUGCGCUUAUGAACUCUCAAAAAAUUCUUUUUAAAAGGUGCAACCAACAAGGACUCCGAUCACCAUGUCAGCACUGCCCUUCAUGUAGUUUAUUACAGAAGGGGGAAGGUGUUAUUUUCUAGAGAGUGAAUAUAGAUGUUCUAAUCAAGAAGGAUACAAACGGUUUUGAAGGAUUUUCCUGUUUUCUUCUUUCAGUAGAAAGUGUUUACAUUUCAUUUUACAACAGUACCUGCUCUUUUCUCUCCUGCUCUCUCUCUCUCUCUUUAUGGAUGUAGUGGCAUAAAGGACACUAUAGUCAUGAAAACCAUGAAGCACUUACUCGUUUUUCAGCCUUUCACCUUUUUGGGAGAAUAAUAGAGUUCACUUCACCUUUCUCUUUCUCUCUCUCUUUUUAUCUUUACUUCAAGAAGAUUAAUGAAAUCACUUUAGCAGCAACCAUAUUCACCACUUUGCCUGGCUGUUGUGUUCCACUCUACCGUUAUUGGUUUCUACCCCAUGCCUGUUUUGUUAUAUGAACUUUAAAAAUACCAUGGAUUUCGGAGGAUGUUUUUAUUCCUUGCUUUAAAGACUUGAAGUUCUGACACCUGAUAGGCUAGAAGGUGAUGUUGAUGAGGAUUUGUUUUGCUGAGUGUCUCCUGUGGAUCUUUGCUCAUAAAUUCACCUAAUGGGAGCAUACGUGCCCUUUCUUUGAAGGCUGGGGUUUAAAUGGCAGCGAUAUCACGUGGUUUUAGGGAAUGCACUUCCAGUUAGCGCUGGUGUGGGGCUCAAGAUCACUGAGACUGCAUAUUUACUCUGACCCUUAAACAUUAGACUCUGAAUCAGCAAUUCAAAACCCUCACAUUUUGGACUCGAGAUAAAAAAAAUGUAAAAAAAAUGUUGAAGGCCUUUUACUGAUGCCCAGUUUGACUGUUUUACAAACUCCAUUGUUUUUACUUAAUAAUCUAAAGCACUUUUUUUGUCUUUUUAUAUAGACCUGUAUUGUGAACUGCGACACUGAAUAAUAAUUGGUUCCCAUUUUUGCCAUUGUGUUUAAAAGAUCAAUGGACCUUUUCAAGGUGAAUGUAGAGUGGUCACAGAUUAAGCCUAAUACUGGACUGAAGUUUACUCUUGAUGAUUCUGCAUUCAUAUUAGUAUGUCUUUUGUUCUCUAUUAGUAUGUUUUUUGGACCUCUUUUACAGUCUGAAGUUUGAAUAACAUGGACCUUAAUUCACCUUUUUUUCCGUUGUCAUCUCCAUGUGACUGGAUUGGUAUGACACGAUUUGCCUCUUCUGCUUCUACCAUCUCCACGCUCCGUCUAAACUCUUCUGGACAAAUCCAUGAUGUAUAAUGAUAAAAUGAUUCAUCGAA